UAUAAACACUUUAUAUACCUAUAUAAAGUUUAACAAUUUAGUAUUGAAUAUGAAUAAACUUUAGACAAUGUUUCACCAGAUAAAGUUACACUGUGUGCAAAGAGGUAUAAGGGAACUUUUGUUAAGUUAAACCCAAAGUAGGUCAAAUCAUUUAGACAUUAUUUCGAAAAUAUCAAUGAAAAAAAAAAAUAUGUAGAAAUUGAUAUUUUUCCAGGAGUGUGAAUGUAGAAGAUUCUUAAGGCUUUCAGUUAUCUUAAUUAUAGAGUAUAGUGUCAAUGUUUAAAUUUAAAAUAACUGUGAAAGAAAUAGAGACAUUCUUAUCAAUUUUACAAUGUAAAUAGAUCGACUAACAAAGGACAAAUCGGGGGAAAAAGACAAAAUGGCUACAGGUCGACAAAUUGAUACGGAUAUGCUCUCGGAUGAAAUAUUUGACGUAUUAUGUUCAAUGUGUACAAAUGAUGGCAGGAACACUGAAGGUAAAAAAUACUGUGUACAUUGUCACGAUUAUUUCUGUGUUAGAUGUGUCAAAGUUCACAGUAAAGUGCCUUUAUGUGCUGGUCACAAGGUAUUGGAUAAAUCUCAAGUUAAGUCAGGAACCAGCAAAGCUAUGCCGAGGGCACCAGCAGAGAGAUGUGACAGACAUAGUCAUAAACACAUUGAUAUGUACUGUCAGAACCAUGAUAAUGUUGGCUGUUCUACAUGUAUGGCAGUCGAUCACAGAUUAUGUAAGGAUACAUUCUACAUACCAGAAUUUAUCCAAAACAAUACUUACCAAGUUGAAUCAAGAGACCUUCAAACAAAACUUAAGGAAAUAGCCAAGACCCUUGAAAAACAAGUUGAUAAAUUUAAACUGGAUAAACAACGGCUGUUAAAAAGGAAAGCAGAAAUACUGGCUGAUAUCAGAAAAUUCAGACAAGAAAUCAAUGACCAACUUGACAAGCUGGAAAAAAGUUCUAUUGAUGAGAUAGAAAGUAGAGUCAAAUGCCUUGAAGACAGAAUUGAAGACAGUUUAAAACAGCUACUAGCAACUAAAUCUAGAAUUAGAUCAGCUAAUGAUAAGUUAACAUCUACAAACACAAAUCAUUCUGAAGUGUUUGUUAAUGUGAAGAUGGGAGAACAUGCUGUAAAUGUUGCCAACAAAUAUAUAAAGCAUGCCAAAAUAAAAAGUACAAUAGAAAACAUAGAGUUUCAACCCGACAGAACAAUUCUUACACAGUUAGAACAAAAGAAGACCCUAGGAACACUAUCAGAGCAAUCUACAAAGACUGCUGACAAUUUAUUUCUUCUUACACAGUUAGAACAAAAAAAGACCCUAGGAACACUAUCAGAGCAACAUACAAAGACUGCUGACAAUUUAUUUCAGAUUAAAGGAAAUCAAUCAUAUUAUGUAAAAGUUAAGUCUGAUAAUAACAGUUGUGAUAUCAUGAGUGCCUGCUGUAUGGAAGAUGGUACAAUAAUUCUAGCUGAUUUCAGCAACAAUAAGCUUAAACGGCUACACAGUUACAACUACACUGUCACAGACUAUUGUGAUCUACCCGAUUGGCCAUAUCAAGUGUGUAUGAUCAAUAACACACAAGUAGCAGUAACUGUUCCAUCAAAAAAGAAAGUUCAUUUCAUUUCUCUAGAAAGAAAUAUGAAAACAACAAACAAGAUUAACACUGAUUUUGAUUGUUUCCGUCUUGCAUAUGCAAACAAUAAUUUAUAUAUCUCAGAUAGUUCCUCAACAGUAUACAUGUAUACAUUGUCAGGUAGGAAAAUUCGUAAGUUCAGUAAGGAUCAAUCAGGACAUAAAUUGUUUGACAUCUAA